UAUCAUUUAUGCUUUUCAAUAAAAGUAAUAAUUUAAAAAUCAAUAAUUUAAAACUUAGUGAAGAUGAAAAAGAUAAUCUAUGGAAAGCUUUAUUAGAUGGCGAUUUAAAUAAAAUAAAAAAUUUAUAUAAAGAUAAUAUUGAGAGUGAAAUAGAUAAUAGUCAAUCAAUAAGUGAUUUAGAAUUAAACGAAUUUUCUAAAGAGCUAUCCAUUCAAAACUCUGACGAAAAUACCAGUUUAAAUAUAGAAAAUGUUACCAUAAAUAAGAAUGAAUUAAUUUUAGAAAAUAAUAAAAUAAAAGAUUUAAAUUUUGAUGAAUUAAAAAAUAACAUUGAAGAAAAGAAUGAAAACGAAAAUAACAUAACAAGCGUUAAAUUAGCGGAAAAUAAAAAAAAAUUAAAUGAUAACAAAAAUAAUAAUACAAAUAAUAAUGUAUUAUUAAAACGAAAUAAUCGUGAGGAUAAUAACCUUUAUGAGGAUAGAAUUCAAAGUUUACGUGAAGUUAAUGAAUAUUUUUGGUUAAGUUUAACAAAUACUGAUAAAACAAAAGAUAAAUUAAUGGUACGUUUUCAAAAAAAUGGUGCUCAAAUAUUAGAAGAUCAUUCGAAAUAUCAAGAAGAUCUUACAACUUCACCAAAUACAGGUCAAAAAAGUUUAGUUAUGGUUUUUGAUGGUACCGGUUCAAUGUUUGAUGAUUUAGCUCAAAUGAUUGAAGCAGCUGAAUUAAUUACAAAGGAAUUCAUUGCUAGCGAAAAUAAUCCAAUUUUUAAUUAUAUUUUUGUUCCAUUUCGUGACCCUUAUAUUGGGCCAAAAUUAGUAACUCGAGAUGUCAAUAAAUUUCUUGAAGAAAUUCGUCAACUCUAUUUAUUUGGCGGUGGUGAUUGUCCAGAAUCAUCUAUUGGAGCAAUUAAUCUUGCACUUGAAUCAGCACUACCAAAAUCUGAUAUUUUUGUAUUUACAGAUGCUACUGCAAAAGAUUUUAAAUUAGAUAAGGAUACAAUAGAACUCAUUCAAAAGCAUCAAGCAACUUUAACAUUUCUUUUAACUGGCCAUUGUAAUGCUAAAAAUUCUGAAGGCUAUAGAGUUUAUGAAAAAUUAGCAUCACUGAGUAAUGGUGAAGUAUAUAAUUUAAAAAAAAUUGAUAUACGUGAUGUAUUACUUGGAGUUCGAUUAAAUUUACAAAAAGAUGUUAUACCAUUACAAUAUUUACAUUCGAAGAAACCCGGACAACACAAUUUUGAUGUGUCAGUUGAUUCAAAUUUAAAGCAAUUUACUGUUAGUGUAGCUGGUGAAAAUCCAACAAUUAAUGUUUUAGAUCCAGAUUCAAAGAAAUUCGAAGAAGUUAAACAAGUUCUUAACUUAGAUCAAUUAAAAAUUUUAAAUGUUCCAAAUCCACAACCAGGAAAUUGGAAUGUAAAAGCUGGUUCAGAUUCUGAGCAUUCGGUUAAAUUUACAGCAAAUAGCAAUUUAAAAUUUAAUUUUGGAUUUACAACGUCAAACAAUGAGGCCACAAUACAAUACUUGAAUAUUCAUCCUGUUCAACAAAAUAUUUUAAAAAUUACACCAUCGGAAAAUGAUCUUAUUCAUAAUUUAACUUCGGUGGAAUUGCAAUUAAUAGAAUCAAAUGAUAAUUUCAUAAAAUCUGAUUUGAGUACUAUGAGUCCACAAAAUAUAAAUUUAACCCUUAAUCGUUUAGAACCUGAUUCAAUUUCUGGAUCAAUUAUAUAUGGAACAAAAGAAUUUGAACCACCUCAUAGUAUGUUUAAAAUUUACGUAAAUGGUUUUGAUUCAAAUGGAAAUCCUUUGAGACAUUUAUUAUCUACUGCAAUCAAAGCUGUAAAAGGAGAGGCUCCACGUAUUAUUAAUUCCGAUAAUUAUAUUCAGAGUCAAGAGAAUGAUGUAAUAAUGUUAGAGUGUAAGGUUCAUACCGAUACUCCUAGCAAAAUUAUAUGGUUAAGAAAUAAUAAACAAAUACCGUCAACUACCGUAACUAAGGAUAAUUUUAAUAAUUACUAUACAUCCAAUUUGAAGUUAGAAGCUGUUAAAGUACAAGAUUCUGGACCAUACGUUUGUGUUGCUGAAAAUGAAAAUGGAAUCGAUAGAAAGCACAUUCAAGUUGCUGUUAAAAAACAAGAAGUGCCACUUAACGUAUAUAUGACGCAAGAACAUUUGCACGGAUUAAAUGAAGGUGAUAUUAACUUCCAACUUAGUUGUAUUGGAAACCCUAAUCAAAAUUUAAAUUUUGAAUGGUAUUUCAAUAAUGAACUGAUUAUUCCCAAUGAUAAAAUCGAAAUAGAUGGUGGGAAUUUACUUUUUAAAUAUGUUGAUCGUGCCAUGUCAGGAAAUUAUACAUGUGCAGCAUUUAAUAAUAGAGAAAAAGCUAACGAUUCUGCAUUUAUUGAAAUUAAAUAUGGACCAGAAAUUUUAAGGCCAUUUGAAGAAGAAAUUUUUAUAAAUUACGGAGCAAAUUAUGAAUUUGAUUGUGAAUCUAUUGGUAAUCCAAGACCGAAUAUCAUAUGGAAAAAACAAGAAAAUCAAGUUAAAAAUUUCGAAAAUGGAAAAAUUUUAAAAUUUGAUCCAAGUAAUGAAGGUGUUUAUAAAUGUGAAGCUUUCAAUAAUAUUGGACCAUCGCAAAAGAAAAUAUUUAAAGUUAAAGGAAAAGCUUCAGGUCCACCAAAAAUUGAAAAAAAUUUUCAAGAAAUUGAAUUGGAUAUCGACGAAACUUUAAACUUAUCUUGUAAAUGUGAUCAAUGUGAUCCAAUAUUAUACAACGUUUGGUCCAGAGUAAUUUCAGCAAAAAACUAUGAACCAGAAACUCUAUUAUCUACUCAAUCAAUUGAUUCAUAUACAUCCGAACAACAAUAUAAAAAGAUUUUCAGUUCAAACAUUACCAUUAAUCAUGUAAAAAGAUACGAUGAUGGACUGUAUACUUGCAAAUUAGAUAAUGAAUAUGGCACUGAUAAUUGGACAAUUUAUAUUAACAUUUUGGAACUACCAAAAAUAAAUGAUAUCAUAUCAAACUCAACUAAAGCUAAUUUAAAAACAUUUGAAGCAUUAGAAUCUGAAACAUAUAUAUUUGAAUGCGAAUUUGAAGGUAAUCCGAGACCAGACGUUAAGUGGUAUAAAUACAAUCAAUAUUUAAAUAAAAAUGAGAUUAUUCAUAACGGAACUCGAGAUAAUGAAGGUGAACUUUUAAAAAUUAUUGGUAUAAAUAGUACACAUUCCGGUGAAUAUAGCUGUAAUAUUAACAAUUCGAAAGGGUUUGACUCAAGAACGUUUGCUAUUGAUGUUUUAGUUCCUCCAAAAUUAAAAUCAACAGAAGAAACAGUUGUUUUAGUUGAAAACAAUAAAGAGGUUACUUUAGAAUGUAACGUUCACGGUAAUCCCGUCCCUAAUGUAUUAUGGAAAUUUAAUGAUCAGCUUCUAAAUAUUAAAGAUCAAUAUAAGAAAAUGAAUGAUUUUAUUUUAAGAUUUACUGCAAAACUUGAAGACAGUGGACUAUACGAAUGUGAAGCAAAUAAUAAAGUUGGAUCAAUUAAGAAAAAAAUUAUAUUGAUUGUAUUUGCUGCACCAAAAAUUUUACCUCCUAUUAAAGAAAUAAUAACAACAAAAAUUGGAAGUAAUGUGUAUUUAUCAUGUAAUUUUACGGGAUAUCCUAUGCCAGAUAUUAAAUGGAAAUUUAAUAACGCUCCAUUAGAAUCUGAUUUUAUUGAAAUUGUAAAUUCUGAGGAACAAAGUUAUAUUAAUAAUGAAUUAUUUUUACGCAAUGUAACGCGAUCUAUGGAGGGAAUAUAUUUGUGUGAAGUUGAGAAUCAACAUGGUCUUGCAAGGAAAUCUUUUUUCCUUAAUGUUAAUUAUCCUCCAAAGAUAAUUUCGAGUUUUCAACCAUUGUAUAAAAUACAACCGAACGAAAUUUUCGAAUUAAAUUGUGAUGUAGAAGGUCAACCAACACCUGAAAUUAAUUGGGAAAAAUCAAAUUCAAUUAUAUCAGAAUUAAAUGCAGUCUUAAGUAUUACCAAUACGAAUAAAUCAAUAUCUGGCAAUUAUUCUUGUAUUGCGAGUAAUUAUGUUGGUACUGACAUAAGAACAACAGAAAUUAUUGCUCUUGUUGAACCAAGAAUUAUUCGACGUGAAAUUGGAGAUGGAAUUCCAAAUAUUACAAUAAAUUAUGGGCAAGAUAUUGAAUUAUAUUGUCCCAUUGAAUAUGCUGACACAUUCUUAUGGUUUAAAGAUGAUAAAAUUAUAACUGAUUUGUAUGGGAAUGGACAAUUUUUACAUUUAAAAAAUGUUUCGCAUAAAGAUUUUGGAAACUAUAUUUGCUCCGGUAUUAAUGAAGUGGGAACACAAAAUUUUACACAAAUAUUAUUUGUAAAUUCCCCACCAAUAAUUCAAACAAUGUCAACAAAUGAUGAAAGUAUCGUUGAUACAGAUAAUACAGAAGUUGUAGUUAAAAAAGGAGAUAAUAAAAUUUUAAAAUGUUCAUCUAAAGGUUACCCAGAACCGAAGAUAAAAUGGCGUAAGGAGAAAGUUUUUUUGUCUAAUGAUACAGAAUUGAAAUUACUUGAUAUCAAUGUUGCACAUUCUGGCGAGUACAUUUGUGAAGCUGAAAAUGAAUAUGGGGCCGAUCAAUUGAUUUUCAAUGUUCGAGUAUUAGUCCCUCCAUCGAGUGAGCAACCAAAAAAGAAUUGGAUACAAAUCAACGAGGGAGAAGAAUUAAUUUUGCAGUGCGAAAUCUAUGGUAAUCCAUGGCCAAAUUUUACUUGGGAAAAAGAUGGCUCAAAAUUGAAAAGCGAAUUACAGGAGACGUUAAUAAUAUAUUCAUCGGACUUUAAGGAUAGUGGAAUUUACAAAUGUAUAGCACAAAAUGAGCUUGGACGACAUGAGGUUGAAUUUACAGUUGACAUAAUGACUUCACCAAAGUUUACAAAAUAUCCUUUCAAAAAUGAAUAUAUAUUCACCAGCAACGAUACAAUUGAAUUGGAAUGUUCGACCAAAGGAAACCCUAUGCCAAUUUUAACAUGGACUUUUAAUAACAAAAUCUUAUUGACAACAUCCAAGAUUAUAGAUACAAAUACAAAUAAUGAAAGAAUAAAUGGAACAAUAGACGAAAGAGCUGAUCCUAUUUUUAUUGAUAAAUUUAGUAAUACAUUUACACGUUAUGAUUCUAAUGAAAUAUUCGGUUCUCAGUUAUGGGUAAAUGAAAAUAAAGGUCUUUAUGGUAAAGUAGUUCGUAAUAAAUACGAAACAAAUUUAACUUUAUUUAUAAAUGAUAAGAAACAGAAAAAGAGUGGUGUUUAUACAUGUUUUGCUAUAAACGCAAUCGGCACAGAUAAAUACGAUAUAAAAGUUGAAAUAUAUAGUGAACCGGCAUUAACCUCAAAUAAACAAAAUACUAAUAACAUAGAAUCACAUACAAUUUUGAAAGGACUUCCAAUUGUAUUAGCAUGUCCUUGGAAUGGUAACCCAAGUCCAGAAAUUCAUUGGCUAAAAAAAAACUUCUCUAUAACUUUUGAUGAUCUUAAUGAUUUAUCUUUGUCACACGACAAUAAAAGUUUAACAAUAUUUAGUGCUCAAGAAUCCGAUUCUGGAACUUGGAUCUGUAUUGCAAAAAAUGUUCUUGGCGAAAACAAAAAAUUCUUCAACAUAACAAUUCUUAGUGCACCAGAACUAUUAACUGAAAGCUCUGUAGAGGACACAGAAGAUAUGAAACCAAAUAAAUUAAAAUUAAUUAAAGGUCAAAAUACUGUAUUAAGAUGCCCAGUUGUUGGUAAUCCAAAGCCAAAAAUAUUUUGGCUUAAAGACAAUGAUAAUAUUAAUAUUUCAUUUAAUGAAUUAAAUAAAUAUUAUAGUAAUUUACCAGAAAGCGCAGUCGAGUUGGCGAUAAAUGAUAUACAGGAAUCUGCCAUCUAUAGUUGUUAUGCAAAUAACUCACUUGGUUUUAUUGAAAAAAAAUUUACUGUGGAAAUAUUAAAGUAUCCUCGAAUUGUAUCAAAUGAACCAAAUGAAUAUAAUGUAACUGAAUUUGAUCCACUUAAAAUACACUGUGCAGUUGAUGGCAAUCCAAAACCAGAAAUAUUUUGGUACAAAGAUGGCAGCGUAAUAAAUUUUGCAGAAGAAAAGACAAUUUAUUUGGAUGAUAGUAAAGAAAUUUUGAAAAUUCCUACAACUCAAAUGUGGCAUAGCGGACGAUAUGCGUGCUUCGCAAGAAAUGAAUUAGGAGAAAAAGUGAGAUACGUUAAUGUGAACGUAAAAGAGUCUGCAAUAUGGUCACCUUGGAGCUCAUGGACGAAAUGUAAUACAACCUGUGGCAAAGGCAUUAGACAUCGUAAACGAAAUUGUAUACGAUUUAAUGGCGAAAAAGCUUUAGAUUUAAAUGCAUGCAAGGGAAAUGAUUUCGAGUACAUAUCGUGUGAUAUGCCACCAUGUCCUAUAGAUGGCGGUUGGAGCGAUUGGUCACCAUGGGAAGAUUGUCCAACAGAAUGUUGGAAUGAAGCUGAUGGCAUAAUAACUAGAAAACGAUUUCGAUUCUGUAUUAAUCCGGCACCAAGGUAUGGCGGUAGGGCAUGUUUUGGAAAUGAUAUAGAAGAAAAGGAAUGCAUUUUGAAUCCAUGCCCAGUAGAUGGAGGAUGGUCAGUUUGGUCAUCAUGGACUUCAUGCUCAGUAACCUGUGGUGUUGGUACUAAAGAACGUUAUCGUACUUGCAACAGUCCUAAACCAGCAAAUGGUGGUAAAUUUUGCAAGGGUCUCGAUAAAAUGGUUCAAACAUGCAUUUCAAUUCCAUGCCCAAUAAAUGGUGGUUGGUCCAAAUGGAGUCCAUGGACAGAUUGUAGUCAAUCAUGCGAAAACUCCUUUAGAAAGAGAUAUCGAGAAUGUAAUAGUCCAGUUCCUGAAUUUGGUGGUAAAAUGUGCGUUGGACCUAAUAUGGAAAUAGCAAAAUGUAAAAAACGUCAAUGCUACAGCUUUAACUUUGGCAUAUUGAAAAGUUUGCCUUUACAAAAAAGAAGAAAUUUUAGUCCUAAUAAUAUUUAUGAAUCUCCUUUUAUUCACGACGAAUAUGAAAGCGAACCAAGCGAAGAAUAUUACUCUGAUGAAUAUGCAUUUGCUACAGGAAAUGAAAAAAUUAUUUCGCCACAUUAUGAACAUAGUACGUCAAAUCAGGACCAUGAAGAAAAUCAAAAUAAUACUUCUCCAACCAGUGGUACUAUUAAAGUUGUUGUUCAAGUCAAAACUUUUAAACCAAUCGACAAAGAUAUAGAGGAAUUGAGUUUAUAUCCUGGAAGAGCACCAUUUGUCAUAAAAAAAAUUAACCCUUGCCCAUUUGGUCAAGAGCUUAGCAGUUACAAUCAGUGCACAGAUAUUGACGAAUGUAAAUUUGAAAAUGUUUGUAAAGAAAGUGAAAUAUGUGUUAAUCUUGAAGGUGGAUUUGAAUGCGCGUGUCGAACUGGUUUUAACAAAAAUGAUACUACUAAAAAUUGUGAAGAUGUGAAUGAAUGCUUAAAUGAUUUUUCUAAUGAAUGUUCUCAUAUUUGUGUAAAUACACUUGGUAGUUAUUUAUGUACAUGUCCGAAAGAAUUCGAGCUACAAUCAGAUAAUAAAACGUGUAAAUUUACAUCGCAGUCUUUUGAAGAUGACAGAAAUGAAUUUAUGGCUGAUUACGCUAAUUUAACAUCAAAACAUUCUUAUAAUUUGUUUUCGCCCCCUAGAGUAAUCAAUGGAAAAUGCCCGGAUGGUUUUAUUGAAAAUAAUGGCCAAUGUGAAGAUGUUAAUGAAUGCGAUGUUUUCGAAAGUGAUUGUUAUGAAAAUUAUUCAUGUUUAAAUACAUUUGGAUCAUAUAAAUGCAUUGAAACACUAUGUCCUCCGCAAUAUAAAAGAACAAAUAUUAUUGGUCAAUGUGUUUUAAUGUGUAAUGAAUCCGAAAGUUGCCGUAAUAAUGUAAAAAUUGCCGAAAUUAUAAGUCAUACUCUUUUAUCAAUGAAAGAAAUCCCAAAAAAUGAACCCUUUUUAAAAAUUGUGAAUUAUGGAAUUAAUAGAAGAGCCUUACCAUAUACAAAAUUUUCUAUUGAUGAAAAUAAAGCUGACGGAAAAUUAUUUAUAUUAGAAACAUUUGGUAUGGAAAGAGGAAUCGCCUAUUUAUAUGCAAAACAAGAAUUAAAACAUGAAAUAUUAUACAAAUUAAUAAUAGAAGCUGAAUCUUAUGAUGAAAAUAGUUUUAAGUUGAACUAUUAUACAAAAUUUAUUAUAUUUUUAUAUUUAAUGUAAAAUAAGCACUAAUUUGUGUGCUAAAAUGAAAUUUUCA